AUGGCCGGAAAAUUAAUUCGUUGCAAUUUUCUUUACAUUUUUACUUUCUUCAUCUUCUUCGUUACUCUCUAUCUCCAUUUUCUUCGAAAUGAUUUCUCUGUUGUUUUCUCCGAUCAAUUUUAUCCGACCACUGUAACUUCCUCCAUAGCCAAUUUAGUUCUUCAUGAAAAUUUCCCCUUUUCGUCCAUUCCUAUUCCGUCUGUUUCAAUUCUCAUGCCUGAUUGGGAAAUCUACGUCAUCAUUGAUUACCCCCAUUUUCACCAAUCUGAUUUUUACUGUGUUUUUGAUACCGGAGAGGGAACUCCGGCGGUUCCUGCAGCAGAGCUUCCAUUUCCAGCGAGGUCGGUGCUCAAGUGUGAUUUCCCAAAAAGGGCUCGUCGGAGUUUGCCUUUUAAGCAACCCAGGUUAAGGGGUUCUUCUGUAAAUGCUUAUUACCGGAAUUCACCAUCGCCGGAGCUGUUAAGGUGGACUUUUCUCGUCUAUGAUUCUCUCACAACUGAUAACGACGUCGUUGUAUUCGUUAAAGGGUUGAAUAAACGCCGAGACAUUAAUCGUAAGCCCACAGAAUUCAAUUGCAUCUUCGGCGACGCCGUGAGAACCGCCGUGACGAGUUCAAUACAAGAAGUUUUCCGGUGCAAACCGCCGGAUAAUAUAGCCGGGAAAGAGCCGAUCAAAGUUUCAAUUGAAAUUGCGGGGCCCACUCCGGAAGUGGUCCCUACCAUAGCCUAUUAUACGCCGCCACGUAUAAUUUCUAGCCAAAAAAAGGCUAAGUUAUGUGCUUGUACAAUGGUGUAUAAUGUGGCUAAAUUCUUAAGAGAAUGGAUUUUGUAUCAUUCAAGAAUUGGAGUUGAAAAAUUUAUACUAUAUGAUAAUGGAAGUGAUGAUAAUUUAGCCACAAUUGUUAAUGAGCUAGUUGAAGAAGGCUAUGAUGUGAAAACUCAUUUUUGGCUAUGGCCAAAAACUCAAGAAGGUGGUUUUUCCCAUAGUGUUGUUUUUUGCAAAGGAUUCAUGUUCAUGGAUGAUGUACAUUGA